CUUAGAUGAUACUGUCAGUUCUGCUCGCCAGAACGAUGGGACAAGGACGCUUAGAGCUAUUGUACCUAAAGCAGUGCCUAGAGUUGCGCCCAGAGCUGCGUUUGAACCACAAUCUCCAGGACGUGAGGUGA